UUUUUGUUUUUUUUAUCCCUGUUUGAGUUGCUGUGGGAAAAAUACAUGUUUUACGGAGGGAAAUUAAAGUGCGAGCCCGGACCACACAGUAGCAACGGCCAGCUGAGGGAUUUUACCCGCAAGCGUGCAAGCUUCCUCAUCUGCAAAAUAGGAUCGUAAAUGUAUCUAUUGCCAACUGAAUUUUUCUGUUUGGGUGAGUUACAACUAACCGACUUGUAUGUUCUUCUCCAACAAGCUAACGACAGUUACUAUCAACGGUUAACGGUCGGUCGCCCUGUUUUCCGUACUGGAUCUCGUGUAAAGAAGAGUGACACAGCUUUCUCGCCAAGUAUCAAGGAAGGGACGAGAGAAAAUAGGAGGUGGUGGAGGUGCACAGUCACUGAACUUUGUCAACGGAUUAACUGCAUAACCUGCAAGCAAGCUACAAGUAACUUUGCACCACUAUUCUCCACCUCAACGUUGCAGUAAACUUGACUUUGUGCAUAGCAGUAAAUAGUCUGAAUUUGGGAGAAAGAACAAGGAAGGAAAAAGGGGCAGUGGAAAAGAGAGCGGAAGACCAGGGGGCGCCGGAAAAAGAAAGAAGAAGAGGAAACAGGGUAAAAAUAAGAGGAGAGAAAGAAAGGACAGAGCAACCGUCAGCACUCACCCCACGGAGUAUAAAGGAAAAGACAAGGUGAAGAGAUGAAGCCACUAAAGAAACAGGGGGGGCGCUCUCCCCCCGCCACACGGGCCAAAGGGGGGAAGAAGAGAGGGGUGACACAGACCCCCCCAGAGAGGGACAACAGGAACAAACUCAGGAAGGAGAACCAAGACGGACAGCCUCAAACCACGCCCCCCGCCCACUCGCCACAGAAACAAUCCACAACCACCUCUGACAGCUCUCAGCGGGAGUCAAUCAGAGGCAGCGAGACCCCAAAGAAGGAGGGGCCUAGAGAGCAGCUGCCGCCAAGGCAACCUGAAGAUAAAGAGAAGACCGAGGACAACAGAGGGGGGGUUGGGGGUAAACCAGGGGGGCCUAACAGCACCCCCACCACCACACAUAACAACACCCUCACCAUCCCCACCCCCACUACCAGUCCCAGCCCUACCUCCAUGUCCAGUAGGAAAACAGCCACCUUCAAGGCCAGAGUCCCCAAGAAGAAGUACAUCGCUGAACACUAUGCUAGUAGCAACGCGCCCAGCCUCACCUUCACCCCUGCCCCCAUGCACAACAGCCACAGUAACUACAACAGCAGCAGCAGUAACAACAGUAGUACUAGCAGUAGUAUUAACAUCAUCAACAGCAGUAGUACUAACAAUAAUAAUACCAUUAGUAACAGUAGUAGGACUAACACUACUAUUAAUGGUAUUAACAGUGGUACUAACAGCAUUAGUAACAGCCAUAGUAGCAGCUCAGUCAGCCACUCGUUAGCCCCCAGUGUGUCCAAUGAGGAGAGGAAUGUAGCCGCUAGCAGCCACAGCCAUGGCCCGGGGGAACAGGGGACGACAGGGGCCUCCAUAGGGCCCAACAAUGGCAGUGUGGCCCCCCAGGACAGAGCGAGAGAGCCCCAGGGUGGGGAGACAGAGGCAGAGGGGGCCCCUAACUCAGUACGCUCCGUAUCCACUGAUACAGCCAGCGAGCACGAUCUGGAGGUGAACUCCCAGCCCAGUACCAGCCCUGCUAGAGCCCCCUACCAUGGCAGCCUGCCCCCUUACUCUGCUACUACCUCCCAGCCUGGCCCCAGCCCCAACCAGAGCCACAGAAAGGGCAGUCUGUCAGGGGUGGAUGCCCUGGCCAAAGGCCUGAAGAACCAGAGAGUUCUAGCCCGCUGUCGACGGAGAGACAGACUUAACAGAGAGGAAGGCGGGAGGGAGAGAGAGAGGGAUGGACCCCUGUCUCCUAUGUUCAGGGCUGGGGUGGUGCGGAGGGUAAGUGGGGGCAGCGCUGAUAUCCAGCUGCAGGGGGAGGAGGGGAUACUCUGUUACCCCUUCCAGGGGGGGACUGCACUCCCAGAGGGGGAGAAAACGAGCGUGGAGUUCAUCCUGGACGCCCCCCCUCCCGUCAUGGCCUCCGUGGCCAUUGGGACACGUGUAUGUGUGCCUUUCAGAGGGGGAGGGGGGCAAGAUGGGGGGGAACAGGGGACACCUCAGCUAUACAGAGAAGGGGUGCUGUCCCAGGUAGACCCCCACCCUGCCGUGGCGUUCCCCUACAGGGUGCUACUGUGUGAGGAUAGAGAGGUGGAGAGGGAGGUGGAGAGGGAGAGAGAGAGGGAGGAGAUGGAGGUGGAGAGGGAGGUGUGCCAGCUGAGUAUUGGGAUGGUGCUGGGUGGGCCGAUUGGAGGGGGGGCGAGGUUGGUGCACAGCUUCUCUCCAGCUGGGGUGGUGGGGGGGCAUCACUAUGGAAACGUCCCCCCCCACCCCUCCUCCUCGUUGGUAACGACCAGUGUUGUCGCCAGCACGGGAGAGGGUUACCCUGACAGAGAGAGAGAACAAGAGAGGGAACAAGAAAGAGAGAGACAGAAACAGCCCCACACACCAGAGGAGGACAUGGAGGUGUCUAGGUUCAGUAUGGGCCCCCAGCAAUGCCACAUCCUCUCCAAGCCCCUCCUCGGGAGGCACAGCUACCCCUCCUCCCACCACCUAUCUGUGGUCCGGGGCCUGGGCACGCCACUGGGCUCUGACCUGUCCCCCCUCACCUUACCUGGCCCUGAGGCCCUGGGCACGACCUCCCCACCACACCUACCCCCUUCCAAGAGCACCCCGGUCCCCCUGGACAAGACCCCCUCCCAGAUCCCCACCCCUAUCCCUGGAGGGGGGUCUACCUCAACCUCCUCCUCAGCCUCCUCCUCGCGCUCCCGCACCCCCCUGUCGGCCGCCCUGCAGAAGUACAAGAAGGGGGACGUGGUGUGCACCCCCAACGGCAUCCGCAAGAAGUUCAACGGCAAGCAGUGGAGACGCCUCUGUUCUAGAGAGGGAUGUAUGAAGGAGUCCCAGAGACGAGGCUACUGCUCACGCCACCUCUCCAUGAGAACUAAAGAGAUGGAGGGAGCGGGUGGAGGAGGGGGAGAGAGGGACAGGGGGAGAGGAGGAGGAGGGGGGGGGAGCAGUUCGGGGACGGUCACCCCCUCGGACCUGCGUGGGUUUGACUGGGAUGAGACGUCCAGAGACAGCAGCGAGGCCAGCAGUAGAGGAGACUCCCGCCCUCGUCUGGUGCUGCCCUCCCUCCUCCCCCAUGACUUCUCCAGGUUUGACUUUGACGAGUGUGAGGCAGCCACCAUGCUGGUGUCACUGGGCAGCUCUCACUCUGGGACCCCCUCCUUCUCCCCCAUCUCCAACCAGUCCCCUUUCUCCCGCCCCUCGCCCUCACCCUCCCCCCUCUUCGGAUUCCGUCCCGCCAACUUCUCCCCCAUCACCGCCUCCUCCGUCCUCCCCCCUCCUCGCAGGCACAGACACCCCAGUGCCACGGGGGGCAAGCUGGGCACCCCUGGGGGGGCAGAGAGGGAGAGGCAUACCUCAGGGGUCCAGCCUUCAUUCCACACUAACCUGACCUUCACCGUCCCCAUGAGCCCCAGCAAACGCAAAACAGACGUUCCUCCUCCCCCUCCUCCCCCCUCCCACCCCCACCAUGACUACCCCCCCAAACCUGAGCUGGAGCAGGGGGACCUGAACCCUGCCUCAUUCCCCGUACUCUCCCCCCAGACCCCAGCACACACCCACGCUUACACACCCACCCUCUCCUAUCCCCGAGGGGUGAGCACACCAACCAGCCGGCCCCCCUCCUCCUCCGCCACCUCUCCCCCUCCCCUCCUGGUGUCCCCAACUCCCCUCUCCCCUCCAGACUCAGGCCCUUGCCGUGUCCACCCCACAUCCCAGCAGGCCUUGCGGGACUCUCCAGUGAUCGUGCGGAACCCGGAGGUACCUCUGGCCAAGUUCACAGAGCAUCCAUUAGGCCGUGGGGGAGGGGGAGGAGGUGAUCCUAAGAAUCUUAACAGCGUUACCCCCCAGCUUGUCUCCACUCUCCAAGUCCCUGUACCCAUCAAUGCUGCUGCUGCGGCAACCAACGGCACCGUCCUCCUCCAGAGCCCCACCCCCACCCUGGUGCUGGUGUCAUCCACCCCGCCCUCCCUGACCUCCGUCACCCCCGGUUACCCCACUCUGGCUUGCAUCUCCAUCUCCACCACGCCCCCCUCUUCGGGACCCCCCCUGACCAACCCAGCCAGCCCAGGGGGAGGGGGGGGUAGGAUGGAGAGGACAGGCUCGUUUGGGGGGGAGGUCCAGCAGCCAGUGGCCUGUCACCCCUCUCCUACAGCCCUGCUGCCCCUCAUACUGCCUGCAGAGAACCUGCACCCCACACCAUGCAAAGAAAUCAUAAUUGGACGCCCCGGGACAGUCUGGACCAACGUGGAACCCCGGUCAGUUCCUGUGUUUCCCUGGCAUUCAUUGGUCCCUUUCCUGGCACCAACCCAAUCAGAUGCCUCUACUCAGUCUGGUGAGGGCCAACAACCAAUCAAUCACCCCCAAGCUGCCAGUCUGAAGACAGAGUCUCAGGGGGGUGCAGUGCUGCUACAGGAGGCCAACGAGGGCCCCCCCACCCUGGAGAGAGGACCCACAGCACGGCCCACUCCCUCCACGGACGACCUGGCCCCAGAGAGGGAGAGAGAGACCGAAAGAGAGAGGCCAGACAGUGAGACUGAGAGUGACGUGGAUGACCCAUUCUUCCCCAGUGUUCUUCCUGAGCCGCCCCUGUCUGUAACUCCUGUGAAGAGACGCACUCAGUCCCUCAGCGCCCUGCCCAAAGAUGGGGACAAGAUCAGCCCUGGCAAGAGGGAGAAGGACCACAUCAGGCGGCCGAUGAACGCGUUCAUGAUCUUCAGUAAGCGUCACCGAGCGCUGGUGCACCAGAGGCACCCCAACCAGGACAACCGCACGGUUAGCAAGAUCCUGGGCGAGUGGUGGUAUGCCCUGGGGCCCAAAGAGAAGCAGAAGUACCAUGACCUCGCCUUCCAAGUGAAGGAGGCCCACUUUAAGGCCCACCCAGACUGGAAGUGGUGCAACAAAGACAGGAAGAAGUCUAGUUCUGAUGGCCGAGGGCUCCCGGGGCCGGGUGGCAAAGACAUUAGAGAGAGGAGCAUGUCUGAGACCACUGAGCCCCAUGGUGUGGAGCUGAAAGGGGUGGGGCCUGGCCUGGUGGGUGUGUCUGAGCGGAACCCAGGGGAGGGGCAUGUAGGUCAGCUAUCCCGUCCCCGAGCCUUCUCCCAGAGUGCCAUGCACAGCCUGGAGAGGAGUGAGAGGGGCAACACACAGGCCCUGGCCGAACUGGCACAGAUGUGUGGGGAUGGUGGUGGCCAGUUUUCCGGGAGUGCCCAGACCCUGUCCCGGUCUCAGAGGGGGGUCAGUGAGGACAUGACCAGUGAUGAGGAACGCAUGGUCAUCUGUGAGGAGGAGGGAGAUGACGACGUCAUUGAGGACCCGUACCCUGCCAGCUCCAUAGACCUGAAGUGUAAGGAGAGAGUGACAGACAGCGACAGUGACAACGCCUCUGGGAACGAGAGCGAUCGCAAGCGUGUCUUUGCUCCAGUGAUCUGCUCUUCCUCCUCCCACCCCACCCCCCACGGACGCUCCAUCUCUCUCUCCUCCUACCCUUCCAAACGCUACGACGAGGGGAGAGGAGGAGGGGGGCUCUCAGACCGCAGGAGGAAGAGAGGAAUAGAGGGAGGAGGAGGUGAUGGAGGAGGAGGAGGAGUGGCAGCUCUCUCUCUUUCCCUGUCCUCCUCAAGCCACUCUGUCAUCUCCAGCCCCGGAGGCCCAGUUCCUUCUGCCCUUGCCCCCCUUGGCCUGUCUCCUCUCCUGGGCUUGGGGGCUGUCAGAGUGGCCUCUACAGUGGUGACCAACGUGGUUCGUCCGGUCGUGAGCACGCCAGUCCCUAUCGCUAGUAAACCCCGAGACGGAGCAGCUUCAUCCAUUCCUCACCCGCCAGACAGGAGGUCCCUCCCAUCGCAGCAGGCGCAGCUUCUGAUUGGCUCCGGAGCAGGAAGCGGAGGGGGUGGGUACUACUCCUCAUCCUCACAUAAUCCCAUAAGUGCAGGGGUGGGGCCAGGGGGGCUAGUGACCAGCUUGGUGUUCCCGGGGCACAGCCAGCCCACCGUCCAGCUCAUCAGUCCCUCCCCCCAGCCGUCCUCCCACCACCAGCUGCCCCCCACCGCCCCGGUCUCUGCCCCCACACACAACCACACCAAUGGCCCCCUGCCCCUCUCCUUGCUCCAGCCCCAGUUCCUCUCCUCGUCCUCUCUGGCAUCCCCCGGGGGCAAAGCCAUCACACAGGUCCAAUACAUCCUGCCCACCCUAUCAGCCAGCUCUAACCCCAAGAGCCCCUCCCCUCAGCUGCACAACCUGCCAAACAGUAUCUUCAACCUGCCCACAGCUCCGCCCACCCACAUGUCCAUAGCCAAUGGAAAGCAGGCGGGGCCAGGCUCGCUGAUGGGAUACGCCUCCAGCCCAGCCGUGGGAGUGGUCAGCCCGGGAUCCAGAGUGCAAUCCCAGUCCCCAGUCCUACAGGGCAAGAUGCUGGUUCCCAUGGCAACAGUGAGGACGGCAACUGCCCCCGCCCAGCAGUUCCCCCUUGUGGCUCCACCUCUUCCUGUCCAGAAUGGAGCUCAAGCAGGAAGCAAGAUCUUCCAGAUCGCUCCCAUGCCUGUCGUCCAAUCCCAGCUCCAGCAAGGUGGGGCAGGGCAUCCUGGGAGCCCUUUUCCCAUUACCAUGGGAAUGGCCACAGUGGUGCACCCGGGUUCUGCCCCGUCUCAGACUAUGCUGCUGCCGCCCCCACCAACCAGGAUCACCUAUGUCCAGUCCACGCCAGGAGUCCCCUCCCCUCUGCCUCUGGUCUCCACGACAACAGGCUCCCCCUCCCCCCAGCAGGCCCAGCCCACCUCUGGAUCUGCAUAUGUUCCGUCGCCCCUAGCAACGCUGGGCUUUACAGCCAUAGCCCCCACUGGACAGACCCUAGUCCAACCCAUCAUCACAGGUCAGCCUCCCCUUCUGGCCCCAGUCCAGUCCCCUACCUGCCCCUCCCUCCCCUCUGUCCCAGCCCCAGCCUCUGCUUCAGGGGGACAGAUAGUCACCGCCAUCUACCCCUCUACCAGUGUCACCAUGGCAACCGGGGUGGUCUCCAUGGCAACCAUACCCCCCAGCAUGGUGUACACCGUCUCCAGCCCCUCCAGUCUGUCCUCCCACAUCCUGUCCAAACACACAUUUACCCCCACCACACACACACACACACACACCCAGCCCCAGUCGGACAGACAAACAGACAGGCACACGGGGGAGAGACCCACGGACAGAACGUCUCACUCUCAGUCAGAGAAAGCAGCAGACAGACAAGCGGAGACGCAGGCUGAGCUACAGGCAUACGGACAGACGGACAGGCCAACCCUCACACAGGCGGACAGACAGACGGAGAGGCAAGCCCAGGCCUUCAAUAAGAGCAGCAGCUUAGUGGCGCCCCCAAGUGGCUAUUCAUUGUCACUGCGGCCCUGCAGCCCCCCUCUGCCCUCUCGCACUUCCACAGGCAGUGCACCAGGCACCCCCAAACUCCCCCAGCUCCCGGCGAGGACCCCUCAGAAAAUCAAAGCCACAGUGGCCAACAUCCCGGUGGGCAGCUACGAGGGAGGAGGCCGAGGAAAGGAGAGGGAGAAGGACCGAGAGAGGGAAAGGGAGAAAGAAAGAGAGAGCUCUGGGGCCAACAGUCGUUUUCCCUUUGAGCUGGAGCGUCCUAGGGAGUCGGGGUCCCCCUCCCAACACACACACCCUGCUGAGGAGUCCCCCUCCUCUGACAGACCCCCUGAGGGACACGGCCCUGUGGACAACACUGAGACACGCAGCAGAGAGGCCAGCAACAAGGAGUCAGGGUGGAAGGACUCCGUCCCCUCCUCAACCCUGCCCCCUCCCUUGGGUACAGACCCUGCCCUGCCACCUCCCCAGAGCGACAAAGACGCCCCUCCUCCCAAAAAGGUGAAGGCCCGCCCCCCGCCACUCAAAAGGACCUUUGACUCUGUGGACAAGGUGUUGUCAGAGGUGUAUUUUGAGGAGCGUUUUGCUCAACUGCCAGAGUUUAGGCCAGAGGAGGUGCUGCCCUCCCCCACCCUGCAGAGCCUGGCCACCUCCCCCCGCGCAAUACUGGGCAGCUACCGCCGCAAGAGGAAGAACUCCACAGACCUGGACUCGUCCACAGAGGACCCUGUGUCUCCUAAGAGGAAGAGCAGACGGCGCUCCAGCUGCAGCUCAGAGCCCAGCACACCCAAGAGCGCCGCCAAGUGUGAGGGAGACAUCUUCACCUUCGACCGACCAGCCCCCCCGUCUGUGUGUCCCCCUCCAGGGACAGGGACAGGUGCUGACGGAGAGGACAUCCUGGGGGAGCUGGAGUUUGACAAGGUGCCCUACUCCUCUCUGAGACGCACCCUGGACCAGAGACGGGCCCUCGUCAUGCAGCUCUUCCAGGAGCACGGCUUCUUCCCCUCAGCCCAGGCCACGGCAGCCUUCCAGGCACGCUACUCAGACAUCUUCCCCACCAAGGUGUGUCUGCAGCUGAAGAUCAGGGAGGUCCGCCAGAAGAUCAUGCAGACCGCCGCCCCCUCUGAGACCAGCGACGCCUCCUCGCUCCCCGGACCCUCUGGCGCCCAAUCAGGGGAGGGGACAGGAGGAGGAGGGGCAGAGCCAUUGGGAGAGGAGGCGGAUCGAGAGAGGGAGGGUAGUCCAGAGGAGCCGAGGGAUUCGCAGGAGUCUUCUAGAUGAGGGAUGCUGACAGGCUGGAUUGACCAAUCAGCGAUGGACCAGUUUCCCAAAUCCCUGCCUCCUUCUCUUCCUUCAGUUUUGUUGAUGCUACACCCCUCCGUCUCUACGCGGAUCUGGACCUGUCUCUCUUUCUCCAGAGUGCCACGUCAGAAAGAGCAAGUGGAAGAGACAAAGAAAGAGGAUGUGUGUUUGUAAAAUGUGUCAGAGGUGGAAAUGUUUAAAACUUAAAAGGGGAUUUUUUAAAAAGUGUAAUUCCCCCUCUCCAAAUUUAAAAUACCAGUGACACACACACACACACACACUGAUGAACUUCAAACUCCAAUACCCACACUUGAAUUAGCAAUCUGUUAGUAAUAUUAAUAUUAUCCUUGUAAGCUUCCAUUGAUGCCAGUGGACUAUAGACCAAUAACAACUCUCCACCUGUUACCCAUUGCCUUGGAGCAGGGCCCAUCUUUCAGACUGAAUAACAUAUCACAUAGUGGGACUGUUUUAAAGGUCAUUUAUCUCAGUCUAACAGGACUGUCGUUGUUGUUUUUAAAAUAAAGGCUUGGGAAGCAAGAUCAGUUAAUUGGCUGCUGAAGAGGGUCUGGCUCUUAAGUCUCCCAUUGGCUCAUUUGUUUCUGCUGGACAUUAGGGGGCUGGGCCCCCACUGGCUUGAGAUGAUGCCAUUGGAUGGAGAGCCCGCGCAACCCUGGUGAGGGAUCAGAAGGAUCCUUGUUUUAUUGGUUGAUUUUUCUCUACUUUGAUCCAUAAAAGCAGACCUUCAGGACAGGUCUGUGAGGGGGACUGGAGAGUUUAGGACCUCGCCCUCUCUUCCCAUGAUUGGCUACAGAAGAUGCCAGUAAGGUGGGGACCAAGCGUUCCUGCUAGUCUGAUUCGCUCGCCAUGAGGGAAGGAGGCGGGGAGAAAGAGUCAAUGGGCACAUCAUGGCUCUACGUUGGACUGAAGUGUCGCUUCAACCAUGUUUUAUGUAUUUGUAGACUUUAGUUGAGAACCCAGAGGACAUCAGGCUGACUAGGCCUAUCUUGUUUUUUGUUUUUUUAAGAAAACAAACGUGUCUUUUUUAAAAAUCUAACUCAUGUAACUUUCCAGUUGAUUAUGUUAUUAUUGUGUUAUUACUGUUACUAAUAUUACUCCUCUCAUUGUUAUAGUGGGCCUUAUCCUUACUAUGGGCUGGUAUCAAUGCCAUUAGAUGAGCUCUCUCAACCUGUUUUCUUAUUUGAGGGCAAAUAGGAUGGGACGUGUGAGAGAAAUGGUCCUCACCUGUGCCUCUUCCCUUUCAACACCCUCACCUCGCCCCAGCAAGGACCUGGGGUGACAAUCUUUUUAUUCAUUUCAACUAGGGAAAACAAAGAAAAGAGGGUUGACAUUUGUAUACAAGAGUAAUAAGAAGUAUGUUUUUGGACAACCCUGUAUACCACUCUCUCACUCCCCUGCUAGUAAGUUUGAUUCUAUAGCCUCGCCACUUGUAUUCCUCCUUCCUCCAGCUCUUUUCCUUCCCUUCUCACUCCCUUACUGUUCUCUCCAGACCAAUUUUUUUUGGGUGGGAGGAGAGAAGCCCGGAGGGGGCAGGGCAGUACAAAGAGUGGUAGGGUAUAAUAUUGGUCGUCUUUGUGCAAGACUUGGUUGUGUUGUACAUAUUAUUUACUGUAGAGUCAGGAGACUCACUAUAAUAUUGAUAAGGAACAAUGUGUAACAGACAUGUUUUAAUUGACUUUUAAAAGACGCCAUUACACAAGAUGAAACUCCAAAAAUUGACAAAUGAAUAAUAAAUAUGAAUAUUAA